AGCUCGCUUGGAUAACAGGCGCUGAAACGCAAAGGGGGUAGGAGCAGCAGGAGGCCAUGGCUGGACAAUGACUGACGUGGAAAGUGAAGCGAGUGAGUAACAAACUUCGGGGGAAAACAAGUCUUGAGAGCAAAAUCCAUCGCUUCUUUUCAAGCUGCUUCGGGUUCUACUGGGCACAGCAGAAUGAGUCUGGAUAAAGCAGAGCUGUGUGAUUCACUUUUAACCUGGUUACAGACAUUUCAGGUGCCAUCAUGCAACAGCAAGCACGACCUAACAAGUGGAGUGGCCAUUGCACAUGUGCUGCACAGAAUAGACCCCUCCUGGUUUAAUGAGACAUGGCUAGGCAGGAUCAAGGAGGAGAGCGGGGAGAACUGGCGCCUCAAGGUCAGCAACUUGAAAAAGAUUCUUAAGAGCAUGCUGGAAUAUUAUCAUGAUGUGCUCGGUCACCAGGUAUCAGAUGAGCACUUGCCAGAUAUGAACCUUAUAGGAGAGAUGGGAGAUGUCACUGAACUGGGCAAGCUGGUACAGCUCGUAUUGGGCUGUGCUGUCAGUUGUGAGAAGAAACAAGAGCAAAUCCAGCAGAUAAUGACACUUGAGGAAUCUGUCCAGCACGUUGUGAUGACAGCCAUUCAGGAGCUAUUAUCAAAGGAGGCUUCAUCUGAACCCGGAAGCCCAGAGACCUAUGGGGACUUUGACUACCAGUCCAGGAAGUAUUAUUUUCUAAGUGAGGAGGCAGACGAGAAGGAGGACCUGAGCCAGCGCUGUCGAGACUUGGAACAUCAGUUGUCGGUGGCUCUGGAGGAGAAGUCAUCCCUACAGGCAGAGACACGCUCCCUGAAGGAGAGGUUGAGCCGCUCCGACUCUCUGGACGCCUCCACCACUGCCAUCACUGGCAAGAAGCUGCUGCUGCUGCAGAGUCAAAUGGAGCAGCUUCAGGAGGAGAACUACAGACUGGAGAACAGCAGAGAUGACAUGCACGUGCGGGGGGAGAUACUGGAGCGUGAGAUGGCUGACCUGCAGCAACGUAACGAAGAGCUGACCAGCCUGGCGCAGGAGGCCCAGGCCCUCAAAGACGAGAUGGACAUUCUCAGGCACUCAUCUGACCGGGUGAACCAGCUUGAAAUACUGGUGGAGACGUACAAGAGGAAGCUGGAGGAUCUGGGAGACCUGCGCAGACAGGUGCGCCUCCUGGAGGAGCGCAACACCGUGUACAUGCAGCGCACCUGCGAGCUGGAGGAGGAGCUCCGCAGGGCCAACGCUGUCCGCAAUCAGCUGGACACCUACAAGAGACAGGCUCAUGAGCUUCACACCAAGCACUCGGCAGAAGCCAUGAAAGCUGAGAAAUGGCAGUUUGAGUACAACAACCUUUAUGACAAGUAUGACGCACUGCUGAAGGAGAAAGAACGUCUGAUCUCUGAAAGAGACACACUCCGGGAGACAAAUGAUGAGCUCAGGUGUGCACAAGUCCAACAGAGGUGUCUCAGUGGAGCCGGAGUCUUGUGUGACAAUGGUGUCACAGUAGGAAACCUCGCUGCAGAGAUCAUGCCUACUGAGAUCAAGGAGACAGUGGUGCGUCUACAGAGUGAAAACAAGAUGUUGUGUGUCCAGGAGGAGACUUACAGGCAGAAACUAGUGGAGGUGCAGGCUGAGCUGGAGGAGGCUCAGCGCAGCAAAAACACCCUGGAAACUCAGAACAGAUUAAACCAGCAGCAGAUAUCAGACCUGCGUUCCCAGGUGGAGGAGCUCCAGAAAGCACUCCAGGAGCAGGACAGCAAGACUGAGGAUGCCAUUUCCUCCUUACUGAAGAAAAAGCUUGAGGAGCAUUUGGAGAAGCUCCAUGAAGCUCACUCAGAUCUCCAAAAGAAAAGAGAGGUCAUUGAUGACCUAGAGCCCAAAGUGGACAGCAACAUGGCAAAGAAGAUAGAUGAACUCCAGGAGAGCCUGCGGAAGAAGGACGAGGACAUGAAGCAGAUGGAGGAGCGAUACAAACGCUACGUGGAGAAGGCGAGAACGGUGAUCAAAACCCUGGAUCCCAAGCAGCAGCCGGUGAGUGCGACUCCUGACAUUCAGGCACUGAAGAACCAGCUGACAGAGAAGGAGAGAAAAAUCCAGCACCUGGAGCAUGACUAUGAGAAGAGCAGAGCCAGACAUGACCAGGAGGAGAAACUCAUCAUUACUGCAUGGUACAACAUGGGGAUGGCGUUGCAUCAGAAAGUGUCUGGCGAGCGGCUCGGCCCCUCUAACCAGGCCAUGUCCUUCCUCGCCCAGCAGAGGCAGUCCACUAAUGCCAGGAGAGGCCUGACACGACACCAUCCGAGAUAAGACGUCCAGGCGGGAGAAAGAACAAAUAUGCUGAAAGGAAGCCUAGAGAAGAUGAGGUGAUCUACAGGGGACUUCGUCUGGACUCCCUAUACCUUAUGCCUUUACUGGAUCACUGCACCUCAGAGAGUAUUCUUUAUGCUGCUACUGCCCCCUGCUGGCUCUUAAUGGUACGAGAGUGUUUAUUUUCUCUGUGGUGCCCCAGAGGAGAGAGAUACUGCUGUGUUUAACUCUGUGUUUGACAGAGUUAACCCCUAUAAACAGAAAUGAAUGGAGUAGAAGGAGAUGUAGGGCUUGAAAAGAGGCUGUCUCACCUUUUAAGGUGACUUUUAUUUCCUCUUUAGCUUCUUGGACUCUGCCCUGUUUCUUUCAGUUUUAAAUUUUUUUUCUUCUUUUUUCAUCUUUUAUGUUAUAGGACAGAAUAUGAAGUAGUUUUGUGAAAGAUACAGUUCAAAUGUGAUAGACGAGAGAGGAGUUAUUAGGGAUAUUACGAUUACUAUUUUAAGUGCUAAUGAAGACAUAAAGCUACACCGGCUAUAGACUGAAAACAGAUUAUCACAUUCAGCCCUUAGUACAUCUCCUUGGUUUUGUUCUUUUGUUUUGAAUUUUCUCAUUGCUUUUAUUUUUGUCUUUUUGAUCGUGUGUUUUGAGGUGAGUUUGAGUUUUUCGUUUUUAAUUUGAAGGACCUCGAAAAGAUGUAAAGACGAUGAGGGUGUGUUAAUAGCUUUAGUCCUUUUUUUCUCCCCCAUUUGUAUUCAUUUUAAUAAUUUUCUCUAAACUUAAUAUUCAUAGUAAGAAUUUGUUUCACAAGUUACACCAAAGCACUUUCCUAGAAGGAUGGGUUUGUUCAGUGCCUCGCAAAAUACUAAAAAUACUCUCUCUAUGGAUGAGACUGAAGUUUGAGAUAUUCUCCCUGUGUCAUUGGCACAAAUAGAUUAUACUUAAAGAAUACGUCACACUGCAGGCUGAUUUUCAUAUGGCAGGUGAUAAUGUGACUUCUGCAUAUGAUUUUUCUCAACAAUGUUCUCAUUUGUUGCUUAUAAAUUUGAUUAUUAAUUCAAUUUUUUUUUUCAUUCCCCUCUCUCUUCCCAAAGAUUGAAACAGGGUGUUUGGUUGUGGGUUGGAUCUAAUUGCACUCACCACUUUAGACUCCAAACCGAUGUAAAUAUAGGCAAUUGAAGGCCUCCUAGUUUAUCACAAAUACUGGAAAACCAAUACACAAUGUGAUUUGAGUCCAUAAUGAUAAAAACACUAAAAAUAAUGACUCAGCUAAUGGCUGUUUACCGCUGCUAGACCUCAUUUACAGUUUAACUGAACUGGAAGGAUAUGUAUUCAUCAAUACGCUGGAAUUCUUUUGUUGUGUUGACAGGAAGUCAGAGGCGGAUAUGAAGGUUGAGCCUGUAAUAGAUGGCACAUUCAUCAACACUACGCCUGCCUGUAUUCACUCCUGGUUAAUUUUCCUUUUCAACAGAUGUAGUCAUUUUAGUCUGUCCCUUAUCAGAGCUGCUGUUUUGUGACUUGUACUUCGUCCCUGUGAAUGUUGUGCUAUGGUCUACGCAGACCACAAUCCUGCUGAUUUUUCUACUGAUGUUUCAUUAUUUGAGUUGAUAUUUAUGGUGUUAAAUCACUCUCUUUGCUACACAUUUGCAUGGCUUGAAAGGGUUAACUUUUAGGUUGUCUGUGUUUGUUUGUACCAUAGAAUGGUCUAGUAGAUUAUAGCAUAGUGUACUUCACACAGGGAUCUGAGGCAAGUUAAAGAUUUGUAGUCCUGUCCGUUCUACUUUUGCACUACAAAUAAAUGAGAUCUUAAGAUAAGA